AUGGCUCUCCGCCUCCUUACUACACUCCUUUCGCUCUCGGCGUUUGCCACGGCCUGGGAAGCCCCUCAAUAUGGUGGCUUCAGCAGAGUCUGGCAGGAGACCUUUCCCGGCGCAGCUGGCACCCUGCCCAACGAGGGUACCUGGACGAUCCUGAACGGUGACCUGGGCGUCAACAAUGAGCUCCAGGUCUACAAGCGCGACCCUCGCAACGUCCAAAUCAGCGGUGGCAACACGCUUCAACUCGUCCCCUGGCGGGACGGCUCGCAACCCAAAGGCUGGACCUCGGGCCGCAUGGAGAGCAAGUACACCUUCACCCCCGAGGCUGGACGCGUGACGCGCGUUGAGGCUGCCAUCAUGUUCGGCCCAAGCCCGACAGGCAACAAGCAGGGUAUUUGGCCUGCUUAUUGGAUGCUGGGAAACUCAAUUCGUCAAGGUACGGUUUGGCCUGCUUGUGGCGAGCUGGACAUCAUGGAGACCGUCAACGGCCAGCUCAUCGGGCACGGCACGGUCCACUGCAAUGUCUAUCCCGGCGGCAUCUGCAACGAGGGCAACGGAAUCGGCAGCAGCAUCGGUUUCCCAGACCAAGGGUGGCACACUUGGCGCCUGGAGAUUGACCGUCGCAGUGGCAACUACCUGGACCAGUCCAUCAACUGGUACCUGGAUGGUGUCCACUUCCACCAGGUCACCGGUAGCCGCAUUGGCAACGCCCAGGUCUGGGCGUCGCUUGCGCAGAGCCCGCUGUUCUUUAUCCUGAACGUGGCUGUUGGUGGCGAUUGGCCCGGAUCUCCAAACGGCAACACCUGGGACGGCUAUGGUUCUCGCAUGGAGGUCGGCUACGUUGCCCAUUACGUUGGAUGA